GGGUGAGGUGAUGCAAUUUUGAAGGCUGUCACUUCUGAUUUACAACAGGGAAUCCAGCUGGAGGCCUGUUUGACGCAGCGGAAGAAGGCAGUAAUCGUGUUUGCACAGUAGGCAGGCGAUAACAUUACAGACUUAGAGUGGAGGCCCUUGUAAACAAAACACACCGCAGCAUCCAGUCUGGUCGGCCUGGUCUGAGCUAGUCGGUAGAUGCUCUUUUCAUUGACUCUUUUAUUGUGGAGGCUCUACCGACACUUCUCCAUCAUGUUCAGCUCAGACAGACUCACCGUCCCAGAUUAUGUGAGCCGGCUCCAGAGCCGCAGGAGCGGCUCCGCGGACCCCAGAGCCGUGUCUCCGGGCAUCAGCGCUGACGCACAGGCCGUCUUGGAGAGCUCCCUCCCUGCCCUGCGCUCCGCCAUCAAGACACUCAAGUCAGCCAAAGACACUAAUGAUCUAGAUGAGACCCGCAGGGCCAUUGCGGAGACCUUCCAGUUGGUGGAGGAGGCCUGGGUUUUGCCCACCGUGGGGCGUCAGGUGGCCGAGGAAAUCUGCAACAGGAUCAGGCUGGAUGGAGGCCUGGAGCUGCUCCUGCAGUUGCUGAACACACCUGCUGUGGAGAUCACAUACGAGUCAGCCAAGCUGCUGGAGCAGAUACUGGUGUCAGAGAACAGAGACUACGUUGCACGCAUGGGGCUGGGGGUCAUCCUUAACCUAACCAAAGAGCAGGAAGACGCCCAGCUGGCUCGCAGUGUCUCAGGGAUCCUGGAACAUAUGUUCAAACACACAGAGGAGACAUCAGUCCAACUCAUAACCGACGGUGCCCUGGACGCCCUCCUCUUCUGGUGCCGAGGAACAGACCCCACCGUGUUGCGCCACUGCGCUGUGGCCCUAGCCAACUGUGCCAUGUAUGGAGGCCACCGCUGCCAGCGACUGAUGAUUGAGAAACAAGCAGCAGAGUGGCUUUUCCCACUGGCUUUUUCUAAAGAGGACGAGCUCAUUCGCUUCCAUGCAUGCCUGGCUGUCGCUGUGUUAGCUGCUAAUCGAGAAAUUGAGAAAGAGGUGGUGAAAUCUGGGACCUUGGAGUUGGUAGAGCCAUUCAUUGCAUCUCUGGACCCGGAUGACUUUGCCCGGAGCUUAUUGGACAGUGCCGAUUCCAUGCAAGGGAGGACAGCAGCGGAUCUUCAGCAUCUCUUGCCGUUGCUGGAUGGAACAAGACUGGAAGGGAAAUGCAUUGCCGCCUUCUACCUUUGUGUUGAGACUAGCAUCAAGUCCCGCCAGCGCAAUACCAAGAUAUUUCAAGAGAUUGGAGCAGUGGAGAGCCUCAAAAGAAUCGUCAUGUACUCCAGUAAUGGCACAGCUUGUUCCCUUGCCAAGCGGGCACUGGGGAUGAUGGGGGAGGAAGUGCCAAGACGAAUCUUGUCAUCUGUGCCCAACUGGAAGAGCUGUGAAGUGCAGACGUGGCUCCAGCAGAUUGGCUUUAGUGCCUACUGUGACCGUUUCCAGGAGCUACAGGUGGACGGAGACCUCCUGCUGAACAUCACAGACCAGGAUCUGAGCACUGACCUGGGCAUGACCACAGGCCUCACGCGCAAGAGGUUCCUAAGAGACCUGCGUGUGUUGAAGACCUACGCCAACUACUCCACAUGUGACCCAAACAAUAUGGCUGACUGGCUAGCUGAGCUGGACCCACGUUUCCGCCAGUAUACCUAUGGCCUGGUCCAAUCAGGAGUGGAUCGCAAUAGCAUCCAGACUCUAACUGACCAGCAGCUCCAGUAUGACUGCCUCAUAGGGAAUGGCGUCCACCGGGCCAAGAUCCUGGCUGCCAACCGCAGACCCUUCAAGCCCUGCCUCACGGACUCCCAGCCUCCAGGGCCCGACGUGUUCAUCAGCUACCGCCGGACGACAGGUUCCCAGCUGGCCAGCCUCCUGAAGGUGCAUCUGCAAGUUCGAGGCUUCAGUGUCUUCAUAGAUGUGGAGAAACUGGAAGCUGGCAAAUUUGAAGAUAAGCUGAUUCAAAGUGUACAGCGGGCACGUAACUUCAUCCUGGUCCUUUCUGCCAAUGCGCUCGACAAGUGCAUGGGCGACACUGCCAUGAAGGACUGGGUGCACAAGGAGAUAGCCACAGCCUUGAAUGGCAAGAAGAACAUUGUUCCUGUCACAGAUAAUUUUGCGUGGCCUGACCCCAUGUCUCUGCCGGAGGACAUGAGAUCUAUUCUCAACUUCAACGGCAUAAAAUGGUCCCAUGAGUAUCAGGAGGCCACAAUUGAGAAGAUCCUGCGCUUUCUGAAAGGAAACCAAGACCUGCUAGACGGCCCAGAAGGCUCCAAAGGCCCCAAAACUAAACAGAAAUAAACUCAGCUUGAACUCAGCUAUUUAAUCAACACCAAUGAUGCCAAAUACAGCAAGGUCUAUACUAACCAUGACCUUCUUUACUUUGCCCUAAUGCAUGUGAAGACCAAUUUGAUCAGUUCUGGGUAGAUUAUAUGCUAAAGACACUGGUACUCAUGCAAAAAAAAAAAAGUAAAUCAAAUGAUAAAUAAUAGCUGGAGAUUACAGAUUAUAUAUAUUAAUUAACCCUGUCCCUUAAUUGCAGUAUCAUACUCCUCUAUAUGUUAUCAGGUAAAUGCCUUCUGUCUUUUUCUCAGGAAAAUAACUGUGAUAUAUUAGCCUUCAUGGGCACCCAGCAAAAUGAUCAAUAGCAAUCUCUGAAGUAUCCACUUGCGUACAGUCUUCUUAAGUUUUGUGUGGUUAUCGGUUUUAUUUGCCUCAUAUUUUUGUGGGGCCAAAAUAGGUCUCGGAUAUUAAUGUCAUUUCUGUCCACAGCACUCUGCUCGAAAUAACCCCGCUCCUAAAUUUAUCUGAAUACAGAUGUAAAGAGUGCACCUCAGUAUGUUUUAGGCUAAGAAAACUACCUGUGCAGUAUCAAAAGACUGUCGCUGAUGAGAAAAUGGAUAGAGGAAAUACUUAGUGUUGUGAAGAGAUGUAAUUUAACUUGCAGUAUCCAUGUAAAUCUGCAUUAAUAGCAUCUUGAAACUGAUUCCAUUUGUUUCCCAGAAUGUCUCGUAAUGUGCCGUCACAACAUGCUGUAAUACUUUAGUUUAGGUAAGACGAACACUGGUGACUUUCCCUUCCCAAAAGUGUUUGUUGAGUAAUUGCUUGGCUGCUUGACAGUGGAAAACCUCUCCUUGUAACCUGACUGUAUUUGAUAGAAACAGCUCCAUAGAAAAAGAAAACCAGCAAUGCCUCCACAGAAAAUAAGAAAGACAGCAUCUUACUUUGUCAUCAAGGUUGUACAGGACAUGUUUAUUGUUCAACAACAUGAUAUUGUAGCUUGGAAUGACAUGCUUGUUAUGCAGCGUUGUAUCUCUAAGGCACAUACAGGCGCAAAAUGGGAUUUCUGGGAUUGUUCUGCCGGGUUUUGAUUUGAUCUUGCCUUAAUAUCGUUUGCUUGUAAUGCUCACCUCUUAGAAAAGCAUUCAUUAAGGACUGUGUAAAUGUGUAUAUUUGGUUUCCUUACUUUUAAUUCACGUAAUUAGGCAGGAUUUUAUUUGUGAAAUAAACAAAUAAAUGGCUCACACACUGCAGGGCAGUGCUUGCUUUCAGCCCAGUACCUGCCCUCUUUGGUUUAGAUGUGUGUGCAUACUCCCAUCUAGGAUUUCCAUACUGAUAUGUGAAACAUUUUCCCAGUGUCAGACUAUUUUUUUUGGUCCCUUCAUUAUAAAAAAUAUAAAAAAUAAAAAUAAACAUAAACAUGGAAAAGUAAA